AUGAGAGGCGAGCAGGCCAGGCCUGAGCUGGAGAAGAUCCGGCUGAUCGGAGCUGGCACCUUCGGGCAGGUGUUCCUCGUAACUGUGCUAACAGUUCAAAACCGCGAGCUGGAAAUCCUCCUGGAGUGCGACCACCCCAGCAUCAUCCGCCUCCAGGCCAACUACGUCGAGGAGAACGAGCAGGGCGAAAAAUACCUCAACCUCGUUUCGGAGUACGUUCCGGACACACUCAGCAAAGUGCUGACCAAGAACAAGGGGGCGCUUGCUCCCCACGUGCAGUGGCUGGGGCGAGCCUUGCUUGAAGGACUGGCCUACAUGCACGCCAAAAAGAUCGUCCACCGAGACAUCAAGCCCCAGAACCUUCUGAUCGAACUAGAAGCCCAGGUUCUAAAGAUCUGUGACCUGGGCAGUGCCAAGCGCAUCCACCCCGGCGAAAAGAGCAUCGUCUACAUCUCUUCUCGCUACUAUCGUGCUCCCGAGCUCAUCCUCGAGAAUUCGAUGUAUGGAGCCGCCAUCGACAUCUGGUCGGCGGGGUGCGUGCUGGCCGAGCUGCUGAAGGGCUCACCCCUGUUCGUGGCUGCCAACUCGGUGAUGCUGUUCAACGAAAUCGUGAAGCUGCUCGGCACCCCCUCUUAGGCCGACAUGCAGGCAAUGAACCCGACACUCAAGCAGGAGAACCUCCACCAGGUGAAAGGCAGGGGCCUUGAGUCAGUGCUGCCGGAGGCGGAUGAGCGACUGCUGGACCUGAUCGGCAGGAUGCUGCAGUACGACCCACAGAAGAGGAUCACUGCGGCCUAA